CAAUUACCGCUGAGGUUGAGACACAAGUUUUCUUAGACUCUGCCAAGUUUCAUUGCAGAAGGAGGAAAUAAUUUUGGCAAUGUUUUCUUUAAUGGCAUUCAUGGCUACAAUCUCAGGCUUAGCAGGUAGUGACAGCACAUUGUCUGUGUCACAGCACCCCAGGAAAACCACCGCGUCAGUUGGAAUGACAGUCAUAAUUGCCUGCGAGGCGCACUACCCCAACAAGACCCCACCCCAGGUGGAUGUUUACUGGUACAAGGAUGAAGUAUCUCCACAGAACACGCUGACCAUCUCUCCGCAGGACAGGCGCUGCUAUGUUUGUGGCAGUCAACCCAGAUGUUGUUGCAUCCUGGUGCUGAGCAACUUGACUCUGAAUGACUCGGGAGUUUAUAUUUGUGAGGUGUCCAUCCCUCUGCCUCCUCCUCUUGUGAGCCAAGUUGGAAAAGGAACCAGAUUAAUCGUGCAGGAGUCACAGCAACGUUCGGCUUUGGAGACUCACACCGAGACAAGACAAUCGAUUAUUAUCCCGGUCCUUUUCAUUUAUAGUGUGGCUGUCACCAUUGCUGUGGUGGCUCUGGCUAUCCUGAUGUGUUCUCGUGUAAAGCCCAAGGGCACAGUGACCGCAGAGGUGUCCAGAUGGCUGGUGGAACCACCGCUCAAUUCUUUCAGAGAACAUCCAGGCUCCAUGGAUACAGAACAGACCAGGGAGACAUCCUUUCAAGAAUACGAGGACAUGGCACAUUUCAGGAACGUGAACCAGAAGCAGAGAUGAACAACAGAUGGACAAUGUCUUUGGCUGAGCCCAAGGGUCGACACUGGGCCGGCAUGGUAGUGUAACGGUUGGUGUAACGCUAUUACAGUGCCAGAAACCCAAGUUCAAUUCCCGUACUAUCCAUCAGGAGUUUAUACGUUCUCCCCAUGACCUUGUGGGUUUCUUCUGGGUGCUCCGGUUCCCUCCCACAUCCCAAAAGCGCACAGGUUAGUAGGUUAAUUGGUCACAUGAGUGUAGUUGGACAGCAUGGUCUCGUUGGGCAGGAACAAGCCUGCUUCUUAUCUGUAUCUUGAAAUAAAAAGAAAAUAAACAUCUGCAAAGAAUGGCCAUUGACAAUGAUUCUGUAAAAGCUUUCAGACUUAUUUUUUUGUGUGGAGUUGCUUUUAAAUUAUGAAAAACAAGUGGUUCUGCAGAUGCUGGAAAUCCAGAGUAAUACUCACAAAAUAAGACCAUUAGACAUGGGAGCAGAAUUAAGCCAUUCAGCCCAUCAAGACUGCUCCACCAUAUCAUUGUGGCUGAUUUGUUUCCCUCUCAACCCCAUUCCCCUACAUUUUCCUAAUAACCUGUCACAACCUGACUAAUCAAUUACCUGUCAACCUCUGUCUUAAUGCACCCAAUGACCUGGCCUCCAUAGCUGACUGUGGUGACAAUUUCCACAGAUUCACCAACCUCUGGCUAAAGAAAUUCCUCCUCAUCUCUGUUCUAAGUGGCUAUCCCUCUAAUCUGAGGCAGUAUCCUCUGGUCCUAGA